UUAGGUUGGCGGGUAAGACGAGUCCUGGAGCUCCGCGGUGGUUCCAUUAUGAUACCAGAGGCAAUGGACGCGUGCUUCGACGCUUUCGACAAGGAUAAGGACGGUUAUCUGUCGAUCGACGAGUUCGAGCUCAUCUGCAAGGCGCUGUUUCGCAACGAGCGGGGCAAGGUUUAUGGCAUCGAGGAGGACCGGCUGAGGGAAAUCUUCGAUGUCUUCGACACCAAUGGAGACGGGAAAAUCGACCGCAAAGAGUUCGAGAUGUGCUGGAACCGUUGGAUCAAGGUGUGCACGAGGCCAAAGUGCGCCUUGCUCGUGGUGGACGUGCAAAACGACUUCAUCAUCGGUUCGCUGGACAUUAAAAAGUGCGCGGCCCGCCACGACGGCUCCGAGGUGAUAGAGCCCAUAAACAAGCUCGUCGACACCGUUCCCUUCGACGCGAUUUUCUACUCCCUCGACUGGCAUCCGGUCGACCACGUGUCCUUCAUCGACAACUUGCAUCUCCGGGAGCUCGACGAAACGAGCGCCAUCCCCAAGGACGAGGCACGGGUGUACGACACGGUGACCUUCAAGGGCCCACCUUUGAUGAACCAGCGGCUCUGGCCCCGGCACUGCGUCCAGGACACGUGGGGCGCGGAGCUGCACAAGGACCUGAAGAUCGCCGAGGGCGCCGUCAAGGUGUACAAGGGCACCAACCCGGAGAUAGACUCGUACUCGGUGUUCUGGGACAACAAGCGGCUCUCGGAGACGUCCCUGCACUCGCAGCUGCGCGAGAUCGGGGCUACCGAUGUCUUUGUCUGCGGGGUCGCCUACGACGUGUGCGUCGGUGCCACGGCUGUCGACGCCCUGGGCAGCGGUUACCGCACUGUGAUGAUCGACGACUGCUGUCGGGGUGUUGAUCUCGUCGACAUCGAGAAGACCAAAGCGACGAUUAUGGGAAGCCAUGGGGUGGUUGUUACGUCCAGCCAAGUGUUGGCGAUGGUCGAGGGGAAGGACAGGAGACCCGAGCUGGGCUACAAGCUCGCCAUGGAGAUCAAAAAGUCCCGGAAGGCUAAGGAGGCCCGGAGAAUCGACGAAUGCGGGCCGUAGAUUUUGUGUACUUAAUUUUUUUUCUCUCGAUUCAUGCAGUAAUUUU